AUGGGUUCUUGUAAAGAAAACCAACAAGAAAACCCACAACAAUCAAAUUGUGGGUUUGUUCAAGGCCCUAUCAUUGUAGGCGCAGGACCAUCUGGUCUUGCAGCAGCUGCUUGCCUCUCCAACCAUGGCGUCCCUUCACUAAUUCUUGAGAAAAGUGACUGCAUAGCUUCUCUAUGGCAGCACAAGACCUACGACCGCCUCAAGCUUCACCUUCCCAAACAAUUCUGUGAGCUUCCACUCAUGGGCUUCCCUGAAGAUUUCCCGAAGUACCCAACAAAAUCCCAGUUCAUUUCCUACAUGGAAACCUAUGCUUCACACUUCUCAAUCAAGCCCAAGUUCAACCAAGCUGUUCAGAGCGCUGAGUUUGAUUCUGGGUUUUGGAGGGUUAAGACUCAAGAUUUUGAGUACAUUUCCAAGUGGCUUAUUGUGGCCACAGGUGAGAAUGCUGAGCCUGUUAUACCAGAAAUUGGUGGGAUGGAGAUAUUUCAAGGCCCUAUUCUUCACACCAGUCUCUACAAAUCUGGCUCUGAUUUCAAAAACCAAAAGGUUUUGGUUGUUGGCUGUGGAAAUUCUGGCAUGGAAGUCAGCCUAGACCUCUGCAGACACAAUGCAAAUCCUCAUAUGGUAGUUAGAAACACUGUUCAUGUUCUACCAAGAGAGAUGUUUGGUUUCUCAACCUUUGGAAUUGCAAUGGCACUUCUCAAAUGGCUGCCGUUGAAACUUGUUGACAAGGUCCUCUUGCUACUGGCCACAAUCAUCCUAGGCAACACAGACCAAUUAGGCCUCAGGAGGCCAAAAACUGGUCCAAUUGAGCUCAAAAAUGCCACAGGAAAAACCCCAGUGCUUGAUGUAGGAGCAUUGGCACAGAUAAAAUCUGGCAAAAUAAAGGUGGUGGUGGAAGGUGUAAAAGAGAUAACAAGAAAUGGAGCCAGAUUUAUGAAUGGACAGGAAAAGGAGUUUGAUUCUAUAAUCUUAGCAACUGGGUACAAAAGCAAUGUGCCUACUUGGCUCAAGGGUUGUGAUUUUUUCACCAAAGAAGGCAUGCCCAAAACACCCUUUCCUGACUGCUGGAAAGGAAGCGAAGGACUUUACACAGUUGGCUUCACAAGAAGAGGGCUUCUUGGAACGGCCUCUGAUGCUGUUGAGAUUGCCAACGACAUUGCUCAACUUUGGAAGACAAACAAAGACUGGAGGAGUUCUUGUAAUUCCCAUAUUAUUCUUCUGAAAUAAUGUUCGACAAUAUUGACUUGUUGUAUAAAAAAAAAAUAAGGAAGAAAAAAAAAACAAGCGAUAAAUUAGGUUAUUCUCUGAGUUAGUGGUGUUUACAGGGGAUAAUGAUUUUUAUUUAACCUUUUUUUUAGUACAAGCGAUAGUUUAAACUAAAGGUGAUGAGAAUUUUUCUCACACACAACUAUGAUGCCGACGUAGAGAUUUGAACCUGAGACUUUGGGUCUGUAAGUCAAUGCCCUUUUCCACUCAGUUAGACCCCGUUUCCUUUA